UGCAACGCGGCAAAAAUGAAGGAGCGAAGAUCAAAAGGAACGAGUUCAACAGAACAAAGACAGAAGACGAGGUCGAAGUCGAUAUUUGAAUCUGGGCCAAAUAUUACCAAACCAAAAGAACGUUCUUCAGAAGACGUCAAAAAGGAAUGCAUGACCCAUGGGUACCGAAUUAUCAGAACCUUGGGAGAAGGUGCAUACGCAAAGGUCAAACUUGCAGAGGUGAUGGCAAGAAGAUUGGCACGAAAUGAAGCUAUGUCCAUUCAGUCAGAAUAUUCCGACGGAGAACUGCAGGUUGCAAUCAAAGUAAUAUCUAAAACUGCUGUUCCUAAAGAAUUCCUGGUUAAAUUUUUACCACGUGAGGUUGAGAAUCAUACACAGAUGCCAGAACAUCCUCAUGUUGUUAGAGUAUUUGAUCAUUAUCACACCAAUGAUCAUGUUUACUUAAUAAUGGAAUACUGCUGUAAUGGGGAUCUCUUGGAUCUUAUCAAUAAACAUAUAGGUACCAAUCAGAAAGGAAUCGGAGAGGAACUGUCUCGGAAACUAUUCAGGCAACUGUGUGAAGCGCUACAGCAUAUUCAUAUGAAUGGAGUUGUUCACAGGGAUUUGAAGUGUGAGAAUGUUUUAUUAGACGAAAACAUGAACGCUAAGCUUACAGAUUUUGGAUUUUCUGCAGCAGUUGAUGACCCCAGGGCACUGCUAAGAACAUCAUGUGGAUCUUAUGCUUACACGGCACCCGAAGUUAUUAAGAACAAACCAUAUGAGGGCUUUAAAUCAGAUGUUUGGAGUUUAGGUAUUAUUUUGUUCGCCAUGAUAAACGGUCGUCUGCCUUUUAACGAUGCUCAGAUGUUAGAGAUGGAUGAAGAUAUGAAAAUGCAGAGACUUCGGUUUGAACGCUCAUCGUCAUUUGAUUGCAUGGUUCUGAUACGGAAGUUGUUGCAGUAUCACCCAACAGAACGUCCACUACUGGAAGACGUACUAAAUGAUCCAUGGAUAACAGGAAAGAAACCUAUUCCACGACAGUUACAGAGACCUAAAUGGAUUAAUCCAUACCAAGCGAAGAAACCGGAUGCAGUGGAGGUGCCAACAAUAAUUCAAACGCCAAAGAAAGUUAUAGAAUUUUCACCGAGAAUGCGGAACAAUACCAUCUGUUACCGACCCGACGCCUCUCCAAAAACUUACACAGAAUCAUUAAGAGGAACAGUAACCCUCAAUCACAAUGUCGGAGAAACUGUUACCCUUAAAAGUCGUUCUGGCGGCAGAGCCUUUAAAAAAAGGAUGGAUGUUACGACAGUACAAUCCAGACCAAACACGUGGCCUCGAAGUAAGGAUGGAUCGCCGUUACCAACGAAACCAGGAAAUAAGCCCAGAUCUUCUGCUGCACAACAGAAACACCAGACCCAUGGUCCAGAUAUCAGGACUAUCGCUAAAAUAAUUACAGAGAGAUACCGGCAAGGAGAAAUGGGGUCAAAGGACAUUUCAAAGCAAGUGCCACUUUGGCUUGUUAAUCAGAUUCUAAACUCAGAGGGAGAACAGAGCGAACAGGAGAAAGCUAGGCUAUUGAAUGGAAUUGACGCAUUAACACAACAAGACGAACAUGAACAUAGACAACGCAGUGUGUCACCCGGAUGUCCAGCAUGCGCAAUGUCGUCUCUCUCAAACACUUUAGAAACUGAGAAACUAACAGACAAUGUUACGGUUUCACAAAAAAAGAAACAGAAUCAUAAUGGUAAACCAAGCUGUCGGUCUAAUUUAACUAAAACAUCGGCAUCAAGUAAAUCCACAGCAAAAUCGUCUGCUUCAAAGACAAAAACGGAACCAUGUGCAUCACCAAAACCUGUUACCACAUGCUCUAAAUCACAAACGGCUCAGAAAAAACAGAUGGUCAAUUAUUCGAGUCCGUUGCCAAUGAAAAAGUCAUCAAAAAGUGCGGAUGGGAGGAUAGUCGUUAAACAAAGUGUCGCAACAUUUAACCAGGAGAAAAAAAUACCAAAGAAUUCACCUGCACCAAAUAUAAAAAUCAGUCCACCUUCAACAAAAGUAAGCAGAGGAUUCAAGUUCAAGAUAAUGACACCUGCAUGUCGUGCUAAAAUGUGCAGGGAGAGAAAAAUGCAUGCUUACACCAACAUGCAUGCAUUUCAAGAUGUUGUGUGGCCUUUACCAUUAGUGCAUGGACAAGGUGUUUCCAGUAGUGCAAAUCGCACAUCAAAUGCCUCCCCCUCAGGUCAACUCAUCACCACACCACGCGACAUAUGGAGAUCCGACACAAGCCGGGUAUCGGAAUAUACAGAGGAGAGCCGAAUAGCUUUAAAUGAUGUCACAGAUAUGGCGCCUAAACAUAAACUUGUAGUGCAUGUGUGUUCAUAGGAUUGCUCUAAAUCAGAUAUAUUAUCUGGUGAAAUUCAAGUUCAAGAGGACUUGACAAUGAUUGAUUGUGAUAUAGUUAUCAUACAGAUAUGCCACACAUUUGAAUAAUUGAAUAGUAAAAGUUUUAAAACAUA